UUCAGUUCAGGUUUGGUCGCGCUUCCUAUCUGAAGCCCGGUGGUGUCUGUCGUCCCUUUGCUUCAUCUGUGCGCAUGAACUUCGGCGCGUUCGUGCAGUGUAAUCGAACCAUCCUGGUGUGAACGAACUGUGUGGUGGUGUUGAGCUUUCUAGCGAGAAUGUGUGAGCAGUGAGCGUAUCAACUGAACCACAGUGAUACACAGUGAGUGUGAGCUGAAGUGAGUGUGAAGUGAGCUGUGUAGGAUAGCGAGUGAAUAAAGUGUGGAUCGCUCCAGCGAGGUAGGCUGUGCGAAAAUCGCUUAAGUGUACAAAAUAUUGCAAACAGGAAGUUUGUUCAAGCAAAGUAAAGUAAAGCAAGCGAGGCCAGUUUCAGUUGCGGAGUUUUCUUUUAUUUUCUUCGUGUUGGUGCGACCGUGAAAGGCCGGUGGUUUCGGCAAAAGCUUUUCCCCCCGCAGCUGAGAUAUUCCUUUGCAUCGUGUCGCCCGGUUUGCAGGAACCCUUCCCAGUCAGCUCUCGGUUCGGUUUGGCCGCACCCAGUACCUUACCAAUGCUGCUGCGCCAGCAACGGACGCCAUCGUAUAGAGGAGAAACCUGAUAGGGCGUCGUCGUCGGACACUAAGAUGCUCGCGCUUGCCGCUUUGCUAGCCGUACACGCAGGACUCGCUGGUUCAAUACCUACCGCGCCGGAAAACAUUACCGUCACCUUCCUAACGCCAACGUCGGUCCGAGUCUCAUGGCAAACCUCGAUGGAUCCGCACACGAUGCCAGUGGACAAAUACGAUGUCACGUACAAGCCGACCGACGCCAGUUACAGGGUUGUCGUAGUGGUGGCCGGUAACCGGGACGCGGUGACGCUCGGCGGACUGACACCGGACACACAGUACCAGCUGACGGUGGCCGCCGUCUGGAACGGGAAAAAGUAUCGCAGCCGGCCGAUCGUAUUCAGAACGCUGGAGCCUCCAAGGACAUCGUACCAGCAGGACUCCGGUUCGCUGGUAGGUAGUAGUGGUCCACCGAACUCACCGCAUGCCGACACAGCGCCCUCGCUCAGCGGCAUCGGCAUCUUUAACGACGAGUUCGGCAAUAUAUCAGUUAACUCCACGUCCCGCGAACUUCCAACGAUCCGUGGUGUAGAAAUCGGUAUUGUAGUGUUAGUGUUAAUAGUCUGGGCUGGUGCUAUAGCUUUAUUUUUUAAUCGAUGGGGUAAGAUACGAAUGUUGCUUCCAUAUCAACCGGACUACAAGCAGGAACAGCUGAAGGUUCCUGGUACUGGUGUCUGUGCCAAUGGUACCUGCAACGGACAACAUUCCCAUCAGCCUUACCAUCCGUGGCCGGAGGAGCCUUCGUCGGUGAUCUCGGAACGUUGCACACGGGCCCGUAUCAACUCGGCCAUCUUCGUGUCGUCCGAGGGCAAAGGGUUCGAUUCGAUCGAGUUCAUCCGACGGUACGGCUCCCAGAGUGUCCUCUGUCGAAAGGCGAAGAGUGCCGAGAACGUGUCGGCCUCCGAGCGACAGCGCCGAUUCUCCGAGUAUCCGGAGUGGGAGACGGAGGACAGUACGACGGGCAACGGUACGUCCGCACACUCAGCCAGCAACACGAGGCGGAAAAAAUCGCUUCGCCAGGACUCGAUCGAGCUGGUCGAAUGUCACAAGGAACCGGCAGUGGCGGUGACGGUCCCGGUCCCGGUCCCGGUACCGGUACCGACCGUUACGCCCGGUGCCGUACCGGUAGUCGCCGGCACUACGCCAACGCUCGUCACGGUGGGAGUUCCGAUCGCGAUCGGUAGUAAACCGGUUGCACCCGCUGCUGCUGCUGCUGCUGCUGCUGCAGUCACCGCCGCCAGUGUCGCCUCAGCAGGGAUCGUGAAGCCGACACCGAAGCUGUCCAAUCUGCCGACACUCUCGGUGUCCGGACCAUCGCCACCGCACGAGGAAGAAUUCCUAUUAUAAAAUCGAUAGUAUAAGCGGAUAAGUAGUGACAGUAGUGACAGUAGUAAUCGAUGCGGUUUGUUUUUUUAAGAAGAAGACAAGAUUUCAAUCAGGUGUGAUAGAAAAAGCAACAGACAGGCAGAUAGAUUGCCAAGGAUAUAAAUUGAGCAAACGAGCGACGAGCGAGAUUUAGAUAACUUAGCUUGGGUGAAGACGAACAGUGUUUAUACGCUGUAGUUAGAGUGUAGAACGAUUUGAUAGAUUAUUUAUCCCCCGUUUUUAAUAAAAGAAAAGCUAGGUUUUGACCAGCAGGAAGGAUAGGAAAAUAGAGAGAGAGAGAGAGAGAGAAGAGAAAAGCAAACGACCAAUAUCGAAACAAAUAUCUAUUAUGUAGCAACAAACUAUUUCUAAGGCCAAGCAGGAUCAAACUACGGUACUAGGCAAAGCGAUGGCUACUUUGGUCACAAAAUCGAGCUCCCUCUGUCGGCUAGCCAAGCUCGCCGCCGGGUAACUCCAAAACCAUGUGAUGAGUUUCCAUAUUGGUUUCCUUGACAACCUCAACCUGAAUGAGCUUUAAUGUGAUCGUUACAUGUACUAGCCAGCUCGCAUCUCUUCACUAGCGAUGGUAGCUGUAUCACCAAUACAACUGUGACACCAUUGUCACAACGACCAGCGUGUAUCCGUGUGUGUUUAACGUGCUUGUAUACUAUCAACCUUAUUUGGUGAGCGUUGCUUUAACGGUAGGGAUCUUAGGCGGUUUCUUUUCUGAUCUAGCGAUAAGCCGUGGGCCAUCCGUAGUGUCCACACAUUCACGCCAAAAAUUUCAAAAUUUAAAGCAUACAUUUGAGUUUUUUUCGUUUAAAUUAAAAAUUAAACUGUUUACAUACCAUUCGAAUUUAUUAACUGAUUUUCGACCCAAAACUUGUUAGGGAAGCCUCUCCCACUUUUUCACGUGAAUAGACCAAAACGAGGCACGAGCGUGAAGGUGGUGUGUAUUCGUAAGACGGUGCGCAUAAUAUAGUUUAAGCGAUGAGCCCGAUUUUGUAAGUGUGUAUGAAUGUUUGUGGUGCAAAUUUUUCACGCACCAGCAACGAUUGUGCAGCUACCACCAGCAGCAGCUAAUGUGAAACGUGUUCCUGUAUCCUCUCCAAUUCUCGGAAUCGGUGUAGCCGAAUACAGAGCAACACAAUUUAAAAUACGUUAAGCGAAUAGAAUAUCUAGCGUACACGAGCAGACGACCCCUUUGAUAGUCCUGUGUAUGUGCCCGAUUGUUUAGCGCGAGUCGGUUAAAACCUCCCCAAUGUUACCGAGAAGGAUACAUUUAUUUGAAUAAUAAAACUGUUUCGCCAACUGUACUGUACUGCAUCAGCAUUAGUUUUCUUUUUGAGAAUCGGUGGGGUUAAAGUGUGUUUUAGUUUUCAACCAAUAUAUCAUGCAUAGAGCGAAGCAAUUUUCUCACCCUAAAAGGCUUCUUUCGGGUGCCCCCUUUCAAGUGCUGUUUCACGUAAGAUAAAUUACACUUUAACCAGCAUGGUGAUUGUCUGCUCUCGCUCCGCACAGCGAUGUGGAAGUGUGUGAAAAAUCUCAUAAAAUUGUAUGCUCCUUCGAAUCUUACGCUCUGGGGCUUCGGGGGUCAUGAUGAUAAAUCAUGCGAAAUGCCACCGUCCUUGGUCCCCCGGCGCAAGCAAUCAUCGGAAUCUAAUGUACAAUAUAUUGCUCCGGAGUGUAUCAUUACGGUAUAAAUUGUCUCGUACUAGAAAGGUUUAGGGGUUGGAUUCUUUGGCGGGCAAAAUGGUGUCUCACUUGUUCAAUCGGUUGAGUGCUGUGCUAGACUCGUCCUUAUUCUCUAGAGGAUUGUCCGAAAAGGAAAUCUACUUCUUUCUUUUCCUACCACCAAUGUCAUGUACUGACAUUUAUUCAAACGAAAUAUCCCGGCGAUAAUGCUGGAGCCCCGGGAAUGCUCGGAAGCAUCCUCAUAAACUGUUUCCGCUCUCAACGUUUCGUGUCCAGAAAUGACCGAUUUGCAACAAUCUAGCGCUUGAGCUGAAAGAACAAAAAGCACACACACCGACACGUACCAAAAUUUUACAACCAUUUACAUGCUUCAUGAACUUUCGCGCCAUUCAUCCAGCGGACGAGCGCAUCCUUUCCGCAACGACUUAAUGGUAGCUCAUUUGCCAUCGCGAACGACAACCCCAGUUUGGGGCUCCCGGCUCGGUCGGAUGGAUGGAUUAUCUUCUAUCCCAUGCUCGGUACUGGGCCACAGCAGCACUGCACGACGCUGCACUUAAUCAUGUGCCAGCGGAAGAGUUUUUUUAUGAGGUACUGAAAAGCAAACGCCAGGGGUUUUCGCAAGGGUUUCGCUCCCGAAAGUGAUAAGAAAAGUUUUUCGCAGCUUAGCAUCGUGAACCAGUUGACCGUGAUUUGCAUACAUUCCCCGGGCAAGGCAGAUUGAUGAUGGUCGUCUGUGAAGCGCGACACACAAACAAACGAAGAAAAAAAAACCUCCUCCGUCAAAUUGUUACUCAAAGAUAUCUCCGGCGGGAAACAAACUCGUCCAAAAGCGAUAACGAUUGGAGCUUUUUUGUUGAGUUUUCAGGUUUUUUGUUUUCGGUUCCGAUGGCAACUUGUGGGCACCACUUGAUGAUGGAAUGUUUUUGAUGGACCACUUCUAAAAGUGACAUUUGCAAAGUGCUUGCGCUGGCAAGGCAAGCAGUGAUAAACUUCUAGUGCGAGCCAGCGAGCAGCAACGAAUGAACGUUAAGAAGGUCAUUUAUUUUAAUGUGUACACCAAAAUCGUUACCGAAAGCGUGGAAGCAAUUUUUGGCCACGAUCAUUAGCUAUCAAAUAAUAAAUAAUGGUGGCGACAAAUGGGUUCGUUGCUUUUUAUAUGGUGGAAAAAGUGUUUUCUAUUUUAGUUUAGUGUAGAUAAUAGAAUCCUUUGCGUUAUUGAGUUUGUUUAGAAUCAUUCAAAUUCGUUUAAAAAAUAAAUCAUAGUAGCUAGUGGAAAAAGAUUUGUUCAUAGAUUAUAGAUUUUGACGCCUAAAGUUAUGCAAUUUUUUUAUUUGAGGCUUAUGUUAUCGAUUUUAAAGCUUUAAAAACAUAAAAUAUUAUUAAAAAUCAUAACAAAAUACUUCUGUUAAGUGUUUGUAUUUAUCAGGAUAAUGAAAUUCUUCCUAACACAUUAUACCUACAAUUAGCCUACAUUUAUGCGCAUUGCUUCCCAUUUCUUUAGCGCUUUCGUUCUUUCUUAGCAAAUGACGUAUGUUUCCCCCUUUUAAAUGCUGUCUGCCUAUCCUCGUCUAGCUCGUUACUGUGUUGCUUGUUUAUUUUCCAACUCUAGAAGCCUUUUUCAAAACUCAACACACAACACUUUGAGCUUUUCGAAGGUGUCAAAACAUUCCGCUUGUCAUCGUGUACCAUUUCCCCGUCAGUCAUGCAAACGUCCCUCGACGAAGGACAGACAAACGUAGUCCGCCUAGUGAUGACGUUUCGCUCUGACCUGCAGCUUUACACCUGCCAUUUUCCCUUUUUCCUUUUUCAUGCCUAGCCAUUUGCCUUUAGUGUAGCAAAAUAGAAAAAAAAAACCCCAACCAAUUCCAACUGUUGGGAGCCCUUUUUUUAGGCACAUUAAAACGCGCUUCAAACACCUUGCCGCUUCCUGCCAUGUCAUGUUGCUGACUGAUUCGGAAAAUGCUAGUGUAAUUGAAUUAAUUUCCCAUUUCUCCCUUGACUACCGUUCCCUCGCCGUCGUCGUCGUCUAUGGGCACCGAAAAAUCCUCCUCAUUAGUAAACACCUCAAGAAGAAUUCAACGCUCCCAGACGUCGAUGCCACGAGUUCCGGCGGUGAACAGGUGGACAAGGAGCGCUAUUAACAAACCUCCGCAGCAACAGUUCAUGGCACUGAACAGUGGGAGAGCACCCAGUGCCAAGCGAGCGAGUGUGUAAUGAAACUUAUUUCAAUUUAAAUGCUGAAGAAAACUGACAAAUCAAAGACAGCAGUCGGGCCCACGCAAGAGAGUCGCAACGAAACUUUAAGCUACCCCGAAUGAAGUAGCAAACGGAACUAAGUAACGAGAAAACUUCCUCCUCAAAACAGCGGUGCGCCGAGUGAAGUGAAGCCCUUUAAGAGCCCUUUUUUACCCGCCCCAAGAGCUCGGGCACCCCGACGAUGACGAUGGUUUAAUUUCUAGUGUAAAUAUUUAGCUAGACGCAGACAGGGAUACGGGAACCAUUUGCACCAUCGUGACUUUCGGCAUCGAUCUCUGGUCUGGGGCUGCGUCUAGCGGUGGAAGAGUGGCUUCUCAGGAAUUAAUAGCGUUUUUUCGCCCCAAACGGCAGAAAAGGCCCAGUGAUAAUUAGAGCAAACGCGAUCACUUUGGUUCGGUGAAUGAUGGGAUCCCGGGAACCGUAGGGAGCCGUAGUUUUUGUUUAUGCUAAUCUUUCCACUGCUUGCUGUAGGGAAACAUGAAGAAGAUGGGUAAAGGAUACACUUGAUGAAUGUAUGAAGUGGAUGGCACCCGAAAGCUUCGUGAAGAAUACGAAUUUGGACGCAUUGCUAACAUUCGCCCGUUUCGAUAGGCGCCAAUUAGUGGUGUAAUUGUUUAACUGAUUGCGGACGGAAAUUAGACUCAAAAGCGAAGUGAGCGAUGUGCUAAUUGAAGGCAAAACGGAAUUUAGGCAAAUUAAAAGAAGCGGACAAAGGGGAGGCUUAAUUUGAGAAAUUAUGGUAGAAAUGACCUUUUUUAUGUUUCGGUUAAAUAAAAGAAACGGAAGUUAUGAUUUAAGAGACAAUAAUGCUCCCCAACUUUAGUUAUCGUUUCCUUGACAAUUGUGCGUUUUAUCGUGGCUGGUAGUAUUUAAACUAAAACCUCCAACUUGAAGCAAGCCAUGAGAUGAUUCCACUGUACUAAAAGAAAACUGACAGCUCUACCAGCUCGGACUACUAACAACGGUUACUUUAUUGUCAAUUUGCUACAACGAGCACCAAGCACCAAACCAAAACUACCAUCCUGAAAGUUCCUUCUCCCCUGUCGGCAGCAGGUGUAUAUUUAGGACAAGUCCAUUCGUGUUUAGUACACCAAACCAAUUGUACUAAAAUGUAGAAUUCAAUUAGUACAAGACAGCAGACAAAUGGUAGUAGCAUUUUACAACUAAAAUAAAACAAAUCCAAUUACCCGAGAUUCAUACCUAGCGUAAAAAAGAUACAAACAUUGAUACAUUUGUAUAUGACACGGGACCACUUUGUGUCUUGUUUCCGGUAAAUCCCUCCAUUAAACCUUCGGCGGUAUCGAGCGACAUUGAAAGGAGUAUUUUAUUUUCUAACCUGGAACGCUCAAAGGAACGUCUAGUAGAUGGAACAAAUCACACGAUUUAUAACACCUUAGAAACCGAUUCAUAUUCGUAAUAGCAUUUAGUCCCGAUUCAAUGUCUGACUAGCAGCUGUAAGUCUGUGGAUGGUACAUAGAAAAGUAACGGUAAAGUCCGGCAUAAUACAAGAGAUGGACGUAACUUUCGAAUGACUUUUACGAUACAGUUAAGUACUGGGAAACCCAUAUAUAAGCUGUUGUAUAUAGAAAAGAAAUGUAAACUGUUCAUUGAAUGUCCAUGAGCUAUACUUAGCGUUAGUAAGGGAAAUGGAUGGGAUGAAGAACAUUUAUCACUACGUUGGCAUUACACAAGACACAACACCGGAAAUGAAGUUCUAGGCUAGUCGAGAAAAACUGGAAAAUCUAACCAUAAAAACAACCAUUAAGCCCCGGACGAUAUUCUAAGCAUGAACUAAGCAACUAAGCCUUAACACUACUCUCCUGCGAGUAUAUCCUUGUUAGAAUCGUGUUGAAUGAACAGAGUUUAACUGAUGUAACGUUCAUUCUCUUCAGGAAUGAAACAAAGAAAAAAAACUACUUAAACGAAUCGAACACCAGUUACAUCAGCAAAAGCGUACAAAAUUAUAAAAUUGUUACCCUUUUUAAAACACUUUCCUCUGUAUGCGUACAGCCUCUCUCAGCCCAAAACAUAUCUCAUAUCAAAACAUUGAACGUACCCUUCUAAACAAUCUUCUAUCGUUGUCUAAAGCUAUCUCACCUAUUCGCCGUUUAACUCACACCCUACCUACCUACUCUAUGGCUGCUGACUUAUUAAUCCCACUACAAUACUUAAACUAACUGUCGUCUGGAAUUCACGCCAACCUCCAAACUGUCACUCUUCUACUACACACCCAGUGCUCUAUAGUCUAUCGUUGUUGUUUCCACUGUGUCCUGUAUCUAUAUCCUUCUUCGGCUUUGGAACUUCACACAUUCAAUCUAUAUGCUAUGCACACACACACGCCAAGCCGAACAACAACUCAUUGUGAAAAGCGAUCAAAAACAUCGAGGACCAUUACUGUGAAACAAUUUCGUACUGUAGACAACAUGUUCUUCAUAACCUUAUUUCAUUGUGAUUCACGUUUUUAUGAUACACGGUAGGGGAAAAAGGAAAGCGAAACAAAAAAAAAAGCGAAAUGAAACAGAAAGUACUAAUAAUACAAAGGUUUAGCAGUAGCGUUUACAUGAAAACCUCCUCAGAUUGCCUAGGAUUUGUAUUGCGUGCUACGCCGAAACGGAGCAACAAACUACAACCGGAAUUGCGCUGUAAGGUAGAGAAUGGUAACGGGUCCAGCUCAGACGAGACCUGUUCAACACUGUACAACACCACUUUUGCAUGGCACAAUUUUAUGUAACCCAACUAUGUACUACUACUACUACUACUGCUACUCAAACUACUCAGCACUGUCCACACUGGUGGUAGAAGUUACGAACGAACCGGAAUCCCCGAUAUAAAGUAAAUAAAAACCAAAAACAAACAGCAGAUAGUAUUUUAAA